AUUUAAAAAAAAAUAAGAGCACAAGCAAGCAAAGGAGGAAAAACAUCACAUGAUCGUAAAAACACCGCUCGUGGUUUUAUUUUAAAAGCAGACACCGGAACCCGUUGGCGUGCGUCUUUCCACUUCCCUGUGGAUGUGAGACGGCGGUCUCGGGGCGAAAAAACAUCCUUUCCCAUGUUUCUCCACAGAGCCUCAAUGACUCACCGGCGGAGUGACGCAUCGCGUCGCUGACAGGUGAAGCGGCGGAUUUCACUUGCUCGACUUGGGGGAAUAAAGUUGUGAAACUGCGGGGGUGAAACCGGAGCGCGCCGCCGAGUGAGAGAGGGGUGAGGAGGCUGGAUUUGGCAAAAAAAAAGUUGGGAGUCCUGCCCUGCUCGCCGCUAGCGGGCUAGUCCGGUUAGCACGCUCGCACGCCACGAGCCCUCGGAACCGCUAACGAGGUGAGGAGGGUCAGCCGCUCGCGCGCUGGCGGCGUCGGGGUCAAGGGUGGAGGUCUGCGAGGAAUGUCCUGCCGGAAAUAACGGUCCAACGGGGUCUCGGCUGCAGAGAAAAACAUCGAUAUGAAGCUUCCCUCCGCUGUUCUCCGGCCUGCCGUCCUCCAGUGGAGCUGCUAUAUCUGUAUCAAGACCGCUGCUGACAUUACAGCCCCCCAUCCCGGAAAAAAAAGGAUCCUGGCGUAGUUAAUCCGCACUUCUCCUAAAGGCGACCGCACUCUCAGCUGUUUGAUAGAACCUCUAUCGCUCCCUGACACAGUAAGCCGUCUGACAUGGUGCCCUGGUAGGUACUUCCAGGGGCUCGAGGUACCCAGACCCCCACCGAUCCGUGCCGCCCCGCGCAGACGCACGCGUACCGCGCUCGCCCCGCGCUCGCCCCGCAAUAAAUCCAGCCGCCCUACACCCUUUACUCUGGACUCAGGUCGGGUGUAUCGGGUGCGUUGGUGAGGGGCGACUGCCAAUGCCGCCUUGCGGGGGGCUCGUGUGGGCGUGACCGGCUUCAUUCAUGAACCCUCUGCCUGGGUGCGGCCUGGAUGCUGGACACCGACAGUCUGUUGGAUCAGCUGUUGCUGUGAUGAGGCAGGUCUCCUGGUGGCCUGUGCGGCUGGCUGAGCAGUGGGCCAGGCUGAUGUGAUGGGGUGCAGGAACAGCAAGGUCCUCCCGGAGCCUCCAGGGGAUGUUCAGUUGGACCUGGUCAAAGAGGUUGAUCCUCCUCAGACGGAUAUCUAUAAGCACUUCAUACGGGGCGACGGCACUAGGAGCAAGACGGGUGGGGCCUCCCCGUUUCAGGCGCAGGCCCAAGCCGCCGCUUCCGCCCAGCCCCCAAAGGACCCGUCCGAUCCAUCGGACCCUCAGCGGAAGAAGGUGGCGAAAUAUCGAGCCAAGUUUGACUCCCGGGUCACCGCCAAGUACGACAUCAAAGCGCUGAUCGGCCGCGGCAGCUUCAGCCGGGUGGUCCGCGUGGAGCACAAGAGCACGCGGCAGCCGUAUGCCAUCAAGAUGAUCGAGACCCGCUACCGGGAGGGGAGGGAGGUUUGCGAGUCAGAGCUGUGCGUCCUGCGCCGCGUCCGUCACACCAACAUAAUCCAGCUGAUGGAGGUGUUCGAGACGGCCGAGCGCGUCUACAUGGUGAUGGAGCUGGCCACCGGCGGGGAGCUCUUCGACCGCAUCAUCGCGCGCGGCUCCUUCACCGAGCGGGACGCCACGCGCGUGCUGCAGAUGGUGCUGGACGGCGUCAAGUACCUGCACACCCUGGGCAUCACCCACCGGGACCUGAAGCCGGAGAACCUGCUCUACUACCACCCCGGGUCCGACUCCAAGAUCAUCAUCACCGACUUCGGCCUGGCCAGCAGCAGGAAGAAGGGGGACGAGUGUCUGAUGAAGACCACCUGCGGCACGCCAGAGUACAUCGCCCCCGAGAUCCUGGUGAGGAAGCCCUACACCAACGCCGUGGACAUGUGGGCGCUGGGGGUGAUCUCGUACAUCCUGCUGAGCGGAACCAUGCCCUUUGAGGACGACAACCGCAUGAGGCUCUACCGGCAGAUCCUCAAGGGGAAGUACAGCUUCUCGGGAGAGCCGUGGCCCAGCGUGUCCAACCUGGCCAAGGACUUCGUGGAGCGGAUUCUGACGGUGGACCCCAGCGAGCGGCUCACGGCGGGCCAGGCCAUCAAGCACCCCUGGGUAGUCAGCAUGGCCGCGUCCUCGUCCAUGAAGAACCUGCAGCGCUGCAUCUCCCAGAACCUGCUGAAGCGGGCGUCCUCGCGCUGCCACAGCACCAAGUCGGCGCAGUCCACCCGCUCUAGCCGCUCCACCAAGUCCAACAAGGCGCGUCGGGUGCGAGAGAAGGAGCUGCGCGAGCUCAACCGCCGCUACCAGCAGCAGUACAACGGCUGAGGGGGGCGGCAGACUUUUCCAAGAGCUUCCUGCGUGCGGAGCUGCUGCCAGGUGGGCAAAGCGGCCUCAUAAUGCCCUUACAGAAUACGUCAAACAAUGACCUGAAGAACCACACGUGGCGGCGUGUGUCCUGCCGAGGACAGACGAGGACACACCAGCCACCUUUUUCACACCCCAUGGUGACAUCAUCUCUCCAUCCAUUCAUUCACCUGGUUUUAUACCUUUUUCCCCAGCUGGGUGGAGCCACCUCCACUGCUCCUUUUUUUUUUUUCCUCCCUUUUUGUUCUUCCGAUUGCUGUGUCUCUCCAUAUUUAUUUAUUAUCGUCGACGCGAUUAUUAGUCUCUAUUCAAACGGUCACUGGAUAAUGGCCUUCCACAAGGAUCUGUUGAACAGAGUUCUGGGUACUGGAGUUUCUCGAAGAACAAAGGGAUACUUUUAGAAGUAGGGCUGCCUACCCGCGUUCAUUCCUGAUUUGGAAAUUGCUGUGAAUUAAUUAUUGUGCGGAUUGCACGGACCAUGUCUACUGCAAGCACACUGCAACAGACUCGCACCCUUGAAGGUCAUUCUUGUCCUUUUUUUUUUUAUUUAGUCAACUCCAAGCUUAUCUCAUGUUUCCAUUAUAGCUCUGUUGAUGUCAUGUAUUUUCUUUUUCUGAAGCUGUCCAAAGAUUGUGAAGCUGCUUUGCGUUAGAUCUUCUUUGUUUUGGACAUCGGACCGUGUCUACUCGGUCAUGAACUUCCUGCUGUGUUCCCUCCGCCUGGUUUCUAGGAACGCGUUCACCGGUUCAGGGUCCCGCAUUUUCCACCUACUUCAGUGUACGUUGCGUCGAGUCGCCUCUUGCAACAGCCGAGGCUGAACCAGAGCUUUGCAGGUUCAAAUAACUAACUAGUUAAUAAUAACUAACCUAGUUACGGCACAAACACAGGUUUCUACCUGACUUCAUUACAGCUACAACUGCUCCACAGUCACCCCCACCCGCUGAGCAUGGACAAGCUCACGUUUAUCGAUAACUGUCUAAUUUAAAUAGACUUUAAAUUACAUUUCUGACAACACUUUAGUAUCCAUCAAAUGACCAAAUCUUAAAGGAAAUCUCAGGUGACGUAACGUCCGCCAUCGUCAACAAAAACAACCAACCGAAACACGUUUAAGUUUUCCUUGAAGCUUAAGGAGCGGAUGGUCCAUCAACCAGAGCGGGGAUCCUCUAUGCGCCGCGUUUUUGAAAUGUCGCUCGUCCUCGCAGCGGCUCCCCAAGUUCCCCACUGAUUGUAGAACAGAAGCGCCUUCCUAAAUGAAGUUUACCACCAUCACGACCGACAUGAGGGAAACUACUGAAGAUGAUGAGCGUGGAGAGGUGACUCAAAAGACCGUUAUUAGUUUAGUUAAUUUUUGAUUGUGAAUUCUAAAAUCUAGAGCUUACAGUCCUCUUCUGUUUCUUUGUGCCCUUACGCGUCCUUGCCUAUCAAGGUUACUUUCAAUAUAAAAGUAAGAAUCUGGAAUGGGACUAGUUGAGUGAUUUGUGUUUCUUAAUAUGAAGGUAUAGUUUGGAGGGCUGCAUUACAAUAAAGCUUCUGAACUUAUUAAACUGUUCAAGUCAAAUGAUUAAUGAAUGCCACUUCCUGUUGGGUUGUGAUAGAAAUGAUUCAUCCUCAACUCAGUCAAAAUGUGAUAUUUCAUUAUUGAACAUCUCCCCAAAGAAGCAUUACUUUUUCUUAGAAAUAGCUGAGUGUUUUUCAUUUUACUAAUUGUAUCUGGCAAAGCACUUAACCUAUACAUUUAAAUAGAAUUAUGUUUUAAAAUGGCAUCCUUCUUGCGUCUUCGUGUCCCACAAAAAGCCCUUUGCUGCAGUGGGGUCUUCUCUUCUUUACUUGAGUAUUUUGCUGUGAUCUACCCCAGACUUAUAAGAUGUGUCGCUGUUGUGAAGUCUUUUUUAUUUUUAUUUUUACACGUACUGGAAACUUAACCGAGCCAUGUCAGCUGACCUCAGUUACUUGUUUCAGGAUGCUCACGACGUCAUCUUCCUCUUUCCUGUGAUGGAAGUCUGAUUUGACACUGCUGUUACUGGGCGUGACUCAAUUGUUUAUAUAAGGCUGAUAAUGAGGCCGACGUUAAAACUGGUGUUCUCUCAUAGUUUUAUUGAGGAAGACCCACCAAAAUGUUGUUUUGACAUCAGACACACAGUAAAGUUGUUUUCUUCACAGGGACGACGGCCAUGGUCGUCUUUAAAAGACUCUUAGAGCAUCUGUUUGAAAUUAAACACAUUUAACUCGUUCUUAAAUAUCAGCUUAAAAGAGCGACGGUCAAUGAGUAACCAAACUGGUUCAUGAGCAGCUUCUCAGCAAGACGGUACAUUUGUUAAAAAAAAAAGUGUUCCUUUUGUUAUUGUGUGUCUCAAUGAAUGAUUCCUCUACCAUUAACUUUUUUUAAACAUUUUUAAACGGUGAGUUGUACGUGCCAAUAAAACACUCAAACCUGA